UGAGAAUGUUUAAUUUGUUGUUUGGACAUGGACGGGUUCAUUACUUGAAAAGUUUAAUUUUAUAAAUUAAUAUAUGUAUAUGAUAUGAUGACUGUACAAAUGAUGUGGCAUGAUAAGACUAUUGUUUAUGGGUUUUAGGCUGUGGUCAAAUUACAAUGUUUAAUGGAUUUGUUUAAAGUUUUUUAGGAUUUGAUUUUAAACAAAAUUGGUUUUUGUCAAUUGGGGUUGGGGGUUUCUGUUUACUCUGCUUUGUGUGCGAAACUGAAGUUGCUAAUUGAAAAUCUGUCGUUGAUGAUGUGACUGACUUUGAAUUAUUGGCGGAUGAAAGGCCGGUGAAGAAAUUAUUGUGAGAGUGAGCGGCAAAACGGAAAUUAUAGCUUAUUAAGUGCCCAGAUGAGCAGAACUGAUGUUAUUGGCAGUUGAAGGAGGAGGGUUCUUCUCUUCUUCGGCAUCUGGGUAUAGUAAGGGCCUGACCCUUCUUCUAUUGGGUCAGAAAAACGAAGACAACAAAGAGAAACCCAUGAGAGUUUCCCCGUGGAAUCAGUACCAGUUGGUGGACCAAGAACCUGACUCUGACCUCCAGCUGGCUUCCACCGCCGAGAAUAAGCUUUCCCGCGGCUGCGCCUCUUUUGUCUGCUUUGGUCGCGCUUCCGCAGGACUUGACACCCCAUCGGCUCCCAAAGUAGGCCCUACCCAGCACCAAGAUGGCUUACCAGGGUCUCUUGCCUCUGACCAGAGAAAGGAUAAAACAGUUGAUCUUGAGGAUGAAGAUGGUAUUGUAAGAAAGGUUUCUCUUAGGAGUAGCUUAAAGAAGCCAUCACAUAACAUUCGAGUUCCCGCUCAAAAUGUUAAUAAACACGACGAAGUGAGUGAAAAAGGUAGUGAUAUCCCUGGUCACACAGAAAGGAGGAAAGUUCAGUGGACUGAUGCUUGUGGCAGUGUACUUGCUGAAGUUAGAGAGUUUGAGCCCAGUGAAUUGGGCGGAUCAGAUGACGAAUUUGACAAUGGAAUUGAAAGAAGCUGUUCAUGCACAAUCAUGUGAUUUUGUUCUCACCAACACCAUUUGUGGACUCACAUUUCUUAAGAUGCAGCAACGCAUCGGGUAAGAUUACUAGUAAUGCCAUUGGUCUGAUUUUGGCCUGCUUCAACUGAUUUCUGGAGAAGGGAAAGCAAGUUUUGGAUCUCUUGCCACAAAAGAAUGAUACAAGGAUAGGAGCUUCAUUUCUGAUCACUUUUGUUGGAUUGAUCAUUUGUGUGUAUAUUUAUUUGUUGAGGAUUUCAAUUUUGACACUCGGAUUCUCUUUGUUUUGUUAUGCUCUUCUUCUUGUUUCGCCUUUUGCUACUGUUUCUCGUUUUCAUGUCAAGUGAUGUUAAAAAUUUCAUCUCCUACGAUACAAA